AACAUAUCAGUUAAAGUAGAUACAAUCGAAAGUAAGACCACUGCCGCAUGAGCCAGUCCAUCGCGUACGAUUAACUGAUGCGCAUUGGUUGUCCUUGAACUUGGUAAGGAUUGAUGAUCUGUCCGAUAUUCAAUGACCUAACUGCCGGAUGAUUUGGCAAGGGCUCAGUGACAUUUCGCUGGCCCUACAGAACUAAGGAUAACAUCUUAUUAUGAUUUACCAAUUUCUUUUUUUCCCCUAUUAUCGUUAAUAUACCUAGGUUCCUGCCUGAAGGUAUUAGUGAUCCCCUGCUACUAUACACGGAAGCCCGUUAAGCGAAAGCUUCUUCUAUUCCGUCCACAAUCAUUUGAACUCUUCGAACCAUUUUAAUUAUGUCCAGCAGAAUCUAAAAGUUUUCUUCAACCGAGUAGUCAUAUCAAACUUACCAACGCCAAAGACCUGGGAGAGGUUUUUAAAUACAAAACGCUGAAGCUAAAGAGACAGUAUAUCACAAAGGUAUUGGAAAUCGUAUAAUUCAUAUUAAUUCUCGCGCGCUCAAUCCACGAGCAACUACCUUGGAUCUGAUUGGCUUCCUCAAACUUACCUGAAGGACGGUAAUGCAUCAUUUAUGUUGGUUUUCUUUUUUGUUGGGAUCGUGAGAGUUUGGUAGUCUUGAGUAUUCAGGUUCUCAUGUGAAAGUUCAGGAACUUUCCUAGUUAGGACUAGGAAUUAACCCCAUGCUUUGAAAAACACCUAUUUUGCACUACAUGACGGAUUAUAAGGCAAAUUACCUAGAUCUUAUUGUUUAUUACAUAGUUUAGUAUGACGUCCUUUACUUUCAGAUAUUUUUAUGAAGACAGUUACAUAUACAGUAUCGGUAUGCAUAAAAGACUUUAAUGUCCUUUAAUUUUGAACAGAAAUAAGUUUGUGACGUCACUAGUCUUCAGUAAUAAGGAUAUAUCCUUUUUACUAUAGUAAAAACAAACUAGUGAGAACAAAUCAUGAUUAAGAUUUAUUUUUCAAUUCAUUUCAACUGAUGUCAGACAUUUAGUAAAUCCCACAGUUGUUUAUUGGUUGCUAAAGUGAGGAUAAAACAUUUAGACAUACUUCCAUUGUCAUUUAUAUUUAUUCAGAUGUGCUUUGUUGAUCGAAUCCCGGAUGGCUGUUAGUCUUCCAAUCAUGUUUUCGUAUGCAUAUAAUCUCAAGAAUUGUGCACAUUGGUGAUGAAUUUAUAAUUGGUGGCUGAUCGACUCUUGCUUAUAUGAGCGAAUAAGUUACAGACAUGUCCUAGUCUCCCUAUUUUGGAAAAAUAUUGAGAAAUCCCCAACAUUGUGGGGGACUUCCUCAUAUCUGGGGAAAUUUCGGGGUCUUUGUGCAAUUUACCCAAAAUUUUCUAUAGCGACUUCCUCGAAAUCGGGAGAUUAGGUUGCGCUCAUGUUACCUUGUGACUUUACUUACGGGUGGUACAUAUUUAUCAGACACAUUACGCGGGAGCAUUUACAUACUGCUAAUGCUUGUUAAAAAAUUAUGAUAGCCGAUUAUAUUCGAAGUUGACUAGCUAUUUCGAUCAAUUAAACUAGUUAGUUAGGUGUGAAUACUAAUCGAUAUCAAUAUAAAGCAGCGAAUGUUUGCAGUAACUGACAAACCUAUGCGAUGAUAGGAGUGAGUAUAGAAUGCAACCAUAAAGAUAAUAACAGGUUGCGUUACUCAAAGUCUUACUCGCCAGUGUAGGUUGUCAACGUCGGCGAUAUGUGUCGAUGAUCUGGGGCUUACUCGGCCUGAACGAGAAUGUCGUGGCUUCCCAGCUUACCUCAAAAUCACAUCUCGCGGUUUUUAGCUAACAUGGAUUACCCUUCAGUCGUAUCCAGGUACUGUUGUUGAUGACUGUACAACUAAAACAACGUCAUGACAGGAAUGUAUUAGUAAGAAUAGAUACAAGAACAGAGUAUGACCAUUGCAGUUAAUUGAUGCACGUUGGCUGUCUUUGAUAUUGACGAUGGUCAGCAAGCUGUUUGAUAUUCAGUGACUCGACUGCCAGAUGACUUAUAUAAAGCCCGGUCAUAUUUCAAUGGCCCUACAUGAAUUCCAAAGUCCCGUAUGUUUGUGUGUAAAAAGUUGCUCCAGACGGGCUCAAUCGUUCUUAGACUUCCAAACUAUCCUAUGGUACCAAGUUGUUCUGAAUUAGUUGCGGGGGAGGGGACAGACAAUAUCAGAUCCUAAAUAAUUGAGUGUCAUGUACAUUAUAAAUAAUCCAGUUCUUAAUAUGCGGUAGGGUAAUAUGAAAAAGUUUAACUUGUGCAGCCAUCCAGAUAAUCCGAGUGUCUCCCAAAUUGUCUAAGCAGAAGUCCUCUGAACUGUUUUCAGACGAGUCAGAUUUUAACUUUUUUAUUUCGCUCCUUCUCCUCAAACCGUGUUCGCUAUGUUAAGUUUUGGUAUCAUUAAUACUGAUAUUAUGUCAAAUUAUUUGUUAUUUACCUUGCUAAUUUCAUCUUUGCUAAAGUGAUGCAGCAGUUCAGGUCAAUGUAUAUUUAUUCGUAGUCAUACAUUGAUUAUGACUCUCUAGGCUGUUUCAUUCUUAUGCAAAUACGUACAAACCGCACGUAAUUGAUCAGGGAUCAUUCAGUGUAAAUUUCUGUCCUACAGGACUCUAAUAGCUACCCGAAUAGCUCGUUUUUUUAUGACAUGGGGUGAUGUCAGCUCAAAUUAUGAAUAGCAUCGGUACCCUCAAUAAUUCAAAUACGUCUUGCCAGCGAGUAACAACUAGCACAAAAUCCAAGUUUAGGACUUCCUGCUAAUUACCUCGAAUCACCUAAUAAUAGCUUGUAACCGUCUGCUUUUUCUUAGUGCACGUUUACAUUGUUCAACUUCCUACAGAAAUGGUAAAAUCAUAUAGUUGAUUUUAGUUACACGAAAUAUUUGGUUAAAUCAAACUUUUUAUUUCAUGUUUCCUGAGCUUCAGCUAAGCAGACUUUAGUGAUAUUAGUGUUACAACAUGGUUUACGAGUUUAUUUUAAACUUCUAAUUUAGAUGGAUAUUGCUGAAAUCCUACUCUCACAAUUUCCUAAUCCUCAACAUCCUUAUGUUGCUAAAAAUGGUGCCUGUACAUGGAAAGCCUGCCAAAAGUGGGAUCUGCAUUAUCUGUCAGGGAGAAUAAAAAGUAACUUGAAGUUUCGUCUGGCUAAAAAAGAAAGUAUCGAAGUACAGUGGGAGACAUCUUGUCCGUCUGUUAAUGCAACAUUAGCAGAAUUUAAUGAAUGGAUAAAUGGAGUAGACAAUAUGAGUAAUCCUUUUUCUAAGUACCCUAAAGAAUCUUGGUGGGCUUAUGCGGAUUACAUAUAUAUGAAUCAGUCACCUGAUUUUCAAGGUUUAGUCGAAGAUUUAUCGUUCCAAGAAUUGUUCCCGUUUCUAAAAAGUAAUAUCAGUCCAACAUUUUGGCUUGGAUCGUCUAAAGCUCAUACCAUUUGUCAUCGAGAUACCUACGGAGUUAAUCUGGUAGUACAAAUCAAAGGGUCCAAACGCUGGAUAUUAUUUCCACCUUCGGAUAGCCCACAUAUGUAUGAAACUCGAUUACCUUUAGAAGAAUCUACUGUUUUUAGCAAAGUUAAUUUCACAUUACCUAACUGCAAAAAACAUCCUCUCAUAUUAAAAACAACUCCUUAUCCUGUAACACUUUAUCCAGGAGAUAUUCUUUUUGUCCCAAGAAAUUGGUGGCAUUUUGUUGAAUCAUCAUCUGAAUAUGAUUUUACUUGUUCAGUAAACUUAUGGAUUGACCAACCUUCACUUGAUAAUAAAGCACGCCUUAGAGAAUGUCUCACACAAUUAGUCGGCUUCUCUUUGUUAUCUAAUUAUGAUCGUAGUGAUCAUAAAGUUUUAUUACAUCCAUCUGAACAAGCAACAUAUGAAAAUGAGUUUUGGUUUAAACAACUAUUGGAUUAUCUAUAUCUACUUUUUCAUCAAAAUCCAAAUGAAUUGUCUUCCAAUGGAGAAGAGAAUCUAGAAGAACCUUCAAAAAAAGCUAGGUUUUCUAGUAUCAUCAAUUGGACACCCUUAACUUCAGAAAAGCUAGACAGUUUAUUUAGUAUUUCAGAAGAAAAUUCCACAUCCGAUGUUGUUAAUACUCUUAACUUCGAACAGAUUGUAGAUGCAUUUAUGAAACCUGAUGUUAUUGAAUUAGUUGCAAAAUACCUUGAAAAAGAUGUUGUAAAUAAAGAUUUGUAAAUAGAAGCAUUUGCUUAGUUCCUUUCUUUUGUGCUAUACCUUUUAUUAUAUACUGUUUGUUCAUUUCUCAUUUAUUUUAGGUAUAUAGUCAGAUAACUACUUCAUUGUUGUGCAAAUGCAAGCAUGUCCAUUAAAUUCCAAAGAUUUGUUAAAAUUACGAUGUCGAUUUCGUACUGGACAGUAUACUUUGAGUGAUUUAACUUCUGAUUCAACCAUCAAUGAACUACUUCAAACAAUUACCUCACUUGUAGGUGUUACACAAUCUCGUAUAUCACUUUAUUAUGGUUAUCCUCCCCAAAAGUUGGAUUGUAGCAUUUCAAGUCUUAGUAAACAUCUCUGGGAGGUUAGUCGUAUAACCUUUUAAAAAAGUUCAUCUAUACUAGAGGUGCUUUGGUACAUUAUAUAUAUAUAUAUAUCACUCGUUGAUUACCUUUGCCUUAGGAGAAUAAUUACUUCUGAGGCACCUGAAAAGCAGACUGGGUUAGAGGUGGUCUUGAGGCAUGAUCAAAGACCUAGAGACAACUAUUUGAGGUUAGCCACAUAUAAAUUUUUUAUGGAUAGUCUUUAUUACACUCCAUUUGCACUUUACAAGUCUUAUCUUCAUCGAUAAUCUGUGGUGAAAGAUAAUGUGUUUUAUUUUUGAAAUCAACCUUUCUAACACCUCUCUCCACUUACAUGUAGUGUGUAUACUUUCCUCUCGUGGCAUUUGUGUCUCUUAUACGUUCGUACACUAAGCUGCUAUUUCGCAACUCGAACUUAGAUAAAGUUAAUUGGAGUUUUAUCCUCUUCUCCCUUGUCCGCUAACUAAAGUAAGAAGUCUAAUUUUAUAGCUCUCUUUAUUAAGAUUUUGCGUAAUAAAAUAGCAUUAUUCAUUUAUUUAUUUAAACACAUAAACAUUGGUACAAGAAGGCAACAAAAAGAUAUGCUCCACAUAAAUCAUUCGAUUUAUGUGAGAGCCAGAAUACUGCACGGGUACUCAAACCGAAGCAGGUGGUUUUCUUAGGGGGUCAAACUCGGAACCUUCGACCUAAAAGUGUGAUCCACAAGGCAAUGGAGCAACAUCAGGAGAUGCAGUCUCAUGGUAGCCGGUGACCAACAAUAGGUACAUACGCCAUUUGUUCCUCCAGGAUCCUGGAGCCCAUGUAUACCACUGGUUUGGAAUGUGUUUUUUAACUCCUCUAGGUGGAGUCUACGUGUCGACCAACCCAGUCAAAGCUCCGGACAUUUUCUUUUCGUCCCCUGAAUUUCUUAAACAACACACGUGGUGCGAGAAGGGAGUGAGUAAGACUUCGCUGGUAGUGGUUGUAUUCACGUGACCAUAUGAGAGCAUUUAGAGAGUGAGACCUGACUCUCCCCACUCUUAGCCGUACCAGGGUAUUUGGGGGCAAUAAAAGGGCAUUCUUAUACACAAGUAUCGGCAUAUAAUAAAACCUCAUAAGCAAUCGGAGGAAAUUAGUUUGUAGGUUUUUCAGUCUCGUAUCCCCAAGUAAGAAUGAAAAUAUUCAUAUACAACAGUACCCAUUUUUCAGUAUCUCAAUGUCAUUUUUUGUAAAAAAGAAACUACUUUUUAAUGAAAUGUAACUAUAUGAUGAAAUUAUUCAGGAUAGUCUUUAGUAAGGAAAGUAAACAAGUCUCAAACCAGUGUCUUCAAUGUUACUUCCCUUUUUGGUCUGACUUUUAUGGUUUAUACUCUUGAUUAUCAGUCAUUGUUUUGACUGUUUGGAAUCGUCAUUGCCCCUUCACAUCCACGUAUAUAUCACGGUAAUCCAUAUAUCUGUGCGAAAUUUUCGAUACACUUAAUGCACUGUAAUCUAGUCUAUUAAUAAAAAUCGUCUUAUUUUUAAAAAUGAUAUAUGAAUCUGCAGAUCCCUCUUCGUUCGGGUGACAUGCUUACUGUUGAUGUAACGGAAGAAAAACCAACAAAUGUCAACUCACAAACUGUAAAUCAUCAACCUCAUGAACAUGAAAUAGUCACUAAUAAACAAUCUGAAUCACAUAUUGUCCGAUUAUCUGCACCAUCUGAUAAUUCUUGUCUAUUUACAAGUGUUCUUUUCUGUAUGAAUAAUGAAGACAAUCAUUUAAAAAUUGGUGCAGAGGUUGUAACAAAUAUUGCUGAAGUCAGUAAUUUAAGAGAAUUAAUUUCCGGUAUUGUGUUAAGCGAUCCAGUCAAGUAUUCUGAAGCAUUCCUCGGGAUGUCAAAUGAACAAUAUUCACUUCAAAUUAGACAAUCAGAUAAAUGGGGUGGAGAUAUUGAAUCAUGUCGAAUUGAUCGUUUUGGUGAAGAUCAAAAUUAUCCUAAAAGAAUUUUAUUAAUUUAUGAUGGUAUACAUUAUGAUCCAUUAGCACAAGAAUGUCCAAAUCGUAAUUGUUUAAUAACUGUAUUUUCAUCAAAUAAUGAUUCAGUAUGUGUGUGUGUGUUACAUUUUAUUCUAAUCAAUAUAUUCAUAUUAUUAUUAUUGUUAUUUUAACACAUAGAUAUAGGUACAAGGAGGCACCAAAUACAUAUGCGCCACACAAAUCGCAUUCGAUAUGUGUGAGGACUGUGAUACUGCCCGGGUGCCUAAACCGAAGCAGGUGGUUUUCUAAGAGGGCCACACCCCGAGCCUUCGACCUGAAGGUCUGAUCCACUAGGCAGUGGGGCAUCGUAAGGAGAUGUGGUCCCAUGGAAACCGGUGACCAACAAUAGGUUCAUACACCAUUUGUUCCUUCAGGAUACUGGGACCCAUGUGCACCAUUGAUCUGAAAUCCGGUUAAAGCGCCGGACAUUCGCUUUUCGUCCUCUCAUUUUCGUAAACAACACUCCCGCCACGAGAAGGCAGUGAGUAGGACUUCGCUGGCAGAGGCUAUAUACGCGUGGCCAUGUGAGAGCAUUUCGAGAGAGAGAGCGGACUCUCCCCACUCUCGGCAUAUGUGUAUUCUCUUUUUGUAUAAAUAUCUUCCUGUAAUUAUGACAAACUCUUUCAUCAGUCCUUUAGUCUAAUCCAUAGAAAGUGAAUUAGUCAAAUAUGUUAAUUGAUCAUUUUCACCCUUUCGUUUUGGAAAUCUUUUUGAGCUGACAUACUCUCAGUGUCAAUACAAAAAAACAUCCAUUUGGAUUAUGUUAGCUUUUAUUGUCUAUGACACAGUAGACAUCAUCGUUUACCUGUUAGAAACCAAGUAUAUUACACCGCAAUUUAUCCUGUACUAUUUUAUGAGAUUAAAGCAUGACUUCUAAAGACAGUAGAUAUAUGGGCUUGUAAAUUGCUAAUGUUCUGUUACAAUAGUCUCUAGAGUAUUACUUCUGUAUAAUAGAACUAGUAAAUGAUUAAUGUUGAAGUUUACUUAUUAUUUAUUUAUUUAAACACAUAAACAUAGGUACAAGAAUGCACUAAAUAGAUAUGUGCCACACAAACCGAGUGACUUGUGUGAGGGCUCCCAAACAGAAGCGGGUGGUUUUCUUAGGAGGCCACACUCCGAGCCUUUGACCUAAAGGUCUAACCCACAAUGCAGUGGAGCAACGUCAGAAGAUGUAGCCCCAUGGUAGCUGGUGAUCAAUUUGGUGAUCAUUUGUUCCCUCAAGAUCCUGGAGCUCAUGUAUACCGCUGGUUUGGAAUGAGUGUUUUCCAACUCCCCUAUGUGGACUCUCUGUGUUCAUCAACGCGGUUGAAGCUCCGGACAUUCACUUUUCGUCCUCUGAAUUUCGUAAACAACACCGGUGGUACGAGUGGGCUGUGAGUAGGACUUCCCUGACUGUUUGUAUGCACGUGGCCAUGUGGGAGCAUUUAGAGAGGGAGAGUUGACUCUUCUCACUCUCAACCGUAGCAGAGCAUUUGGGGGCUAUGUUGAAGUUACGUAGGAAUGAUUAAUUCAUUUAUAAUUUCAUAAAAUGUUAUCUUCUCAGAUAGUUCAAAUAAAUCUUGCACGUUUUCAUCCACUAACCUACCUUAUCAAUGAAAUUUAAUUCAUAAUUAUGUAACUCAUUAUCGAGUACAGGUAUUUGUAGUUAGCUUCGAUUCAUAAUGUUUGGGAAUGUUGAUUGGUGACAUCUAUCACCGUUACCCAAAGUGAAAUAAAGAUGGUAGUACAAGCAGGGUUCAAAUUAGUGAUUAAAUAUUAGAAAUAUUCCCUACCACUAAACCAUUACUUAACAACAUAUCGAUCUAAUCACAAUGUUGACCAUUAGUCACAUGUGACCCAAUUUGGCGUUAAACUUUGUUAAUGUUAGCUGAAAGGGAAGAUAAUCGAUAAGUGAUAUGACAACAUGAAUCACGCUUGAUAAUUAUCUAUGAAUUCCAUUGGGUAGUGAAUAAAUGAUUUAUUGUGGUCAUAUUCUCCUACCGUUCACUUGUCAAAUAUCUUACGCUUAUGUCAGUAGUUCAAUCGUAUGCACAGCUAUCACUCACCCAUAAAUCAUAUCACUGCAUAUUAUCUCUCAAUUCACAUUCUAUCCAUUCAUUUUAACUAUGAAAAAUUGUUUGAUCAAAUCAAGAAAUUCUACUCUAUAACAAUGGGAAAAACCUUUCAUUGGGCACUACUUGACGACACUCUUUGACACAGGAUGUAUCCAUUUCUUUUAAUAAAGAUGGAUACUGGCUAGCAGUGGAAUCCAGGAUGUGCGUCUUGUCCUAUUUGGGACUCAUCAGCUGGACGCACCUGCAUCGCAGAGUUUAUGUUCGCUCCGGGACUCGAACCGAGUACCAUUCGCUCUAUACGCCAUCGCAAUAUCCACUUAGUUACUGAGUCCUGAUAACCACCUGCUUAUGCAAUGGGGUGAAGUUUUAAAUUCACUUGGUGUUGUUUUACUUGUGUUUUCCCAAAGCUUGUGAUUCAAGGCUAUAUCAAAGCAAUCUGCACAGGAUGCACAUAUGUCAACAUGAAACUGAUCAAUUGCUGUCCUAAAUAAAAACAAUGGCAAGAUACAAGUAAAACAACAUUAAGUGAAUUUCUUUUAAUAUAAUACAAAAUUUUCAUUAUUUCUCCCCCCCCCUCUCUCCAUUGUUAUUUUUAUACAUAGAUUCUUUUUGAAGCUCAACAAUUAGCAUCAAAAGCUCGUGCUGAAUGGGCAUUCACUGAUCUUUCAUCAUUUACAUUACUUUGUCGACAAUGUGAUGCACCAUUAAUUGGUCAAGAAGCUGCACAAAAACAUGCUCAAUUAACAGGUCAUACACAAUUUAGAGAAAUUUUACAUUAAAAAUAUCAAUUUAAUUGAAGUAUAUUCAAUAUAAUUGUUACAUAUCUAGACUGUUGCUUUGUUCUUCUCCCCCCCUCCCCCUCUCUCUCCCCUUUUCUGAUAGUAUUACAAAUUGAAUGUAAAAUAAAUGAUUUGUUUCGCUCAAUGUAUUCGCUUUAGUUUUCUCUCUGUUUUCUUUUUUUCUUUUUUCUUUUCCGUUUUUCUUUUGUUUUGUGCAAAAAAAAUAUUUUUUCAUUGUACAAAUUGUAGGAACUUAUUACAUUGUAGAAAUGGUAUGAUUUCAAUUGUUUAUCCAUUCAGUGUUUCUAUGUAUCUUUGUUAAUUAAUCUACUUGUAACUCUGACAAAUACAAUCAUGGAUGUGAAUGUUCACAUACACACGCAUACAUACAUGUGUUUUUUUUCUCUUUAGAAUUAUUGGUUACAUUGUGUACAUCUGAAUAAUAUUUGGCUGAGGAUAGACAUUAACACUAUUAGAUGCCGACUCAGUGGUUUAGAGGUUAAGCGUUCGAGACUGAAAGUCCCGGGUUUGAAUCCCACGAGCGGGAUUGUAGAUGUGCACUGCUGAGGAGUCUCACAAUGGGACGAAAUGGCUAUCUAGUGCUUCCAACUUUUCAAUGGUGGUCAGAAUACAUAGUAAAGGAUGUUGAAAUCAGUUACAAUGGUGCCAGUGUAUUCUAUAUUUAUCUUUCUCAUGAGCUUGAAACGAAUGGCUGACUAAU